AGUUGUGGGCUUUUGCGCUCUCCGCUGGUGGAGUUAGCAAAAAGUGGCGAGCGAGCGGCGAGCGGGCGACCGUGGGUAAAGGAAUUGUUCAGAUUCACAGACGGCUGGCCACAGAGUCGCAUAAACUCGAAUGGAUUCUUGGAUUUACUUGUGUUUUGAGGACCACUCAAGAAGGUUAUACAGUUCUACUAAAAAGUCUUUAGAAACACGUUAAAGUGAGAAGUUAGGCCUACACACUCCAACUGCUUUUUUAUUUCAUAGGAGAAGGCUCACAGCAGUGACUAAAAGUUCAAGAAUUUAAUUGGAACCGAUGCGAAAUGCAGAAGCAGAAGUUAAGAUACCUUAGCACGGUAUCCCAGGUAGGCCACAUGCUCACAAGUUCUGUCGGUGUGGUGUGUACAAUUGCUACGUGUGUACUUUUUGCCGGGCCCUUGUUGUGUGUACAAAGUGACCCUGACACAGAGAAAGGGGAUUCCCCUCACCACAGAAACGCCAAAGAUUUCGGAGAAAAACAGCAAUCGGGGCUUUCCAAGGAUUUCGAAGACUCUGCAAUGGAUUACGACAACGAAAGUGAAACUUUCAACUUAAAUCUUACGAUGAAAGAUAUCCUUAAAGGGUUUAGAGUCGGUGCAACAGAUUCCUCUAGCGAUUCCUUAUUCCAUUCUGAUUACUCUGAAGAGGUAACAGGCAGAAGUGGGGGUUUCGAUUCUUCCAAAAAAUAUAAGAACAAUCGAGUUCUAAUCAACCGCACUCAUAGCCCUUUAACAAACAAACAAAACUCGUUCAUUGAGAAACAAAGUUCUCAAACACCAGUUCAGAAAUACGGAAAUACAGAAAAAGAUCACUCUGUCACUUUUGACACGUCUAUGGACGCUUCAUCGAAUAGAAAUAGAGUCAAAUUUACCCAUGUAGCUUACAGCACUCUGCACAAAACUGAUGGUGGCUCAGACUAUCCAGACCAGUCUUUGAUACAGAAACGAAGGCACAAGUCUCAUAGAAUUUUAAGUUCACACCGACAAACGGUGGAAAACUCACGCGAUGUGUCGGUCGUUACAAAGAAGGAUAGUACAAAGUUGUCACUAACGAACACGUACAGUGUACAAAGAAGACGAGGUAAUGAGCGAAACAAUACAGAACAUACAGAAUCACAAACACAAGCUGAACCUAGGAACGCAAGUACAAAAAAUGCUGCAUCAAGUAAUUUGGGAACGGGAUAUUUCAGGCUAAACUCUACAGUAUCACUAAAUCAAAAUACUCCCGAGGAUGAUAAUAAACAUCAAGAAAAAGCUUCUUCAAACGACACUGCCCUUUUCAAUGAGAAACGUACAAGCUCCAAUCAACAGGAAAUCUUCCAGAAUCCUCAACUAAUCCACUCUGAGCCCGGUCAGUCAGGGUCAAAUAAUCCCCAGCCGACACUCAUUUCUUCUAACGGAAGUGUGUCAGAGUUCACGCAUGUCUCUGAGCCCACCAAUCACGUGACGUCAUCAGUGGCCAACUCCAGCGCUCAACCGGUCCGCGUGCAGCAGCUGAGAAGUAACGUGACCAAUCUGCUCAACAUGCUCAUGAUGGGGUACGACAAGAGACUCCGCCCAGAUUUUGGAGGUGAGUCGGACCUCAGUUUAAGUCCUUUUUUAAUUUAGUGAUUGAUUUACUGUUAGUAAGAGCUUUGC